UUUUUACGCGACAUUUUAAGGAUAAGCGCAUGUGCGCAUUUCACUUAACGAAAUUCGUAAGAGUGGCACAUAAAAACCAAGUGUAGUAUAAUAGGUGUAUAAAUAUUCCAAAAUAAUUGCAAAGUACUAUGGACGCCCAGUUAAUUACAAGUUUAUUUCAGCAUACUUUGGAUCCUUCUCCAGAUACAAGAGCUCAGGCUGAAGCUCAGUUGCAAGAGUUUUCAAGAUGUCCGGGUUUUUUACCUGUUAUAUUACAGAUGGUCAUGUCAUCAGAUAUUCAUAUUUCAAUCAGACAAGCUGCUGUAAUAUACUUAAAGAAUAUGACUGGAAAAUUCUGGAGAGAUCGUGACAUUAAUCAAAUUCAUGGGGAACAAUUGUUUGUUAUACCUGAUGCAGAUAAAUCUUUUAUUCGUGAUAAAAUUGUUGAGUCUGUUAUUGAAGCAUCAGAAUUAAUUCGAAUUCAACUCACAGUUAGUGUUUAUGAGAUUCUCUCUUGUGAUUUCCCUGAGAAAUGGCCAGAUAUUUGCCACAAGUUAAACACCUACUUGACAUCUGACAUUAGAUCAACAUGGCUGGGCGCUUUACUUGUGUUAUAUCAAAUUGUUAAGAAAUACGAAUACAAAAAGCAAGAAGAUAGAGGACCUAUAGACAGUGUCAUGGAGGUUUUCCUACCUAUACUUCAUAGUAGGUGCACAUCAUUGGUUAAGGAAGAUACAGCUGAUUCUUAUCUUUUGCUAACUAUUGUGUUCAAAAUUUUUCGCUCUCUUAUACAGUUACAUUUACCUUUGAAUUUGAUAAAUCAAAAUAAUUUUCCCCAGUGGAUGGGUCUAUUCAAAGUAGUUUUGGAGAAGCCAGUACCUUCUGAUGUUCAAGUAGAUGACGAUGAAAGGCCACAGUUAUCAUGGUGGAAGGCAAAGAAAUGGGCACUUACAAUUAUUUUUAAGGUUUUUGAAAGGUAUGGUUGUCCAGGAUCAGAAGAAAAAAUAUAUGCUGAGUUUGCAGAUUUUUAUGACAAAAAUUACUCCGAACAAAUCACUGGAAUAAUGCUCAAAAUUUUAAAUCAACACAGAAGUAAAGAAUACAUUGCUCCUAGGGUACUACAACAAGCAAUUAACUAUUUAGCUCAAGGGGUUCACAAUGCAAGGUCAUGGAAAGUUGUUAAGCCUCAUUUUUCGGAACUUUUUAAAGAAAUCUUGUUUCCUUUAAUGUGCCACUCAGACGAAGAUGAAGCCCUUUGGCUUGAUGACCCACAGGAAUACAUCAGAGUAAAAUAUGAUGUCUUUGAGGACUUCCUAUACUUCUCACCACAUGCAGCUGCAAAGUUAUACCUUAAAGAAGCUGUUAAAAAAAGAAAAAACGUAAUUCAAAUUGUAAUAGAAUUUACGAUGCAAGUUUUUAAUAUGGAUGCAAGUACACGUGAUCCUAAAUUUAAAGACGGAGCAUUGCAUGUUGUUGGUUCUCUUGCUGAAACUCUACAAAAGAAAAAAGCAUACAAGAAUCACAUGGAAAGUGUCUUAAGCGCACAUGUAUUGCCCGAGUUUCACAGUCCACAUGGAUUUUUACGAGCUCGUGCUUGUUGGGUUGUACAGCAAUUCGCAAUUAUUGGUUUUAAAGAUGAUAAUGUUCUUGCCCAGACCAUUCAAAGUAUUUUACAGUGUUUAACUGAUAAAGACUUACCUGUCCAAGUUGAAGCUGGAAUUGCUAUUAGGCAAAUUGUUGACAAACAAGAGGAAAAAGCUAAUGAUAUGUUGCGACCUCAUGUUCGAGAAUUAGUUCAGCAGAUUCUUAGAAUCUUAAGAGAAAGUGAAAAUGAUGAAUUGACAGGAACUGUUUCAAUUCUGGUUCAAAACUUUGCUGAAGAAGUUUCCUCUAUCUCUGUUGAAUUAGUGAAAACAUUGGCCGAAACCUUUAACAGUCUGGUAGAGAGUGAAGAAGAUUAUGACAGUAAAUCUGUCACAGCGAUGGGUAUUCUAGAAACUAUAGAAAUUGUUGUUGGUGAACUUGAUGGCUCUCCUGAGAUUAUGUCACAGUUAGAACUACAAGUCAUAAGUUUGAUUCAAGGUGUCUUACAGAAAGAGCUAAUGGAGUACUAUGAAGAAGUGUUUUCCUUAAUCACUGAAUGUACAGCAAUUCAAAUUUCCAACACCAUGUGGAAUAUGUUGUUUCUGCUUUAUGAAACCUUUCACAGGGAUGCAUCUGACUAUUUUACUGAAAUGAUGCCUUGUUUGCAUAACUAUGUUACCGUUGACCCAGAAGCAUUUUUGGCUCGACCAAAAUACUGUGAAGCAAUUUUUAACAUGUGUAAUAAGAUGCUUAUUGAGUAUUCAGGAGAAGGAGCACAAUGUCAGGCUGCUAAAUUACUCGAAGUUUGUGUUUUACAAUAUAGAGGAACUUUUGACCAGUGGUUACCGGCAUUCAUUUCUUUGUGUUUGGAACGGCUGACACUUGAGUUAAAAACAAGUGAGCUUAGAGUCAUGUUGUUACAAGUGAUAAUUGCAAGUAUAAUCAGUAAUCCAGUUCUUGUUAUUUCACAUCUGAGUCAUCUCCAAAAUUCAACAUCUCAACAAAAUAUGUUUACACAGUUUUUGUCACAGUGGCUUAGUGAUACCGAUUGUUUUCUUGGCAUGCAUGACAGGAAAGUCUACAUAUUUGGAAUUUGCGUUUUGCUUGCACUUCCUGCAGAUAACCGUCCACCAGUCAUUGAAGAGUUUGCGCCACAGUUUGUGCCUGCAUUGCUUCUUGUUUUUAAUGGGUUAGCUCAUAUGUAUGACAAAAUGGCAAAAGAUGUUGAAGACGAAGAAGAUGACAUUGAUGAUGAUAAUGACAAUGAGUUGAAUGAUUCCGACGAUGAGUAUGACGAGGAAGGACAACAGUAUGUAGAAAGUUUAUUGAAAAAGGAAGGACAAAAAGUUUUUGAUUUUGAUGAUGACGAUGAUGAUGACGUUUGGGCAAACGAGUUAGAUAUGUUUACAACACCUAUUGACGACACACCCUAUGUAGAUGAAUAUAUUACUUUUAAAAGUACAUUCGAAGCUUUACAGAGUAACGAUCCUCGAUUGUUCACAUUACUUACACAGUCAUUGACUGAUGAGCAGAAAGUUAAUGUUCAAGGUAUUAUCAACGAAGGCAUUAAAAACGCUCAUAAGCUCGAGUCGCGCAAGUUAGAUGCUCAAGGCGGUUAUAACUUUGAAAGCGCCGAACUUCCAAGAAACAUCGAAUUCGGUGGUAGUCUUUCUUGAUUGGUUAUAUGGAAAGAAGAAAAAUAAAUGGCUUUUGUAGAUUUAUGUAAAAACCUAAAAAGUUACUCAAGUCCAGUACAAAAUGAAGUUUUCCGUGAAGUCUGUAAAUAUAUAUUUCCAGUAACGUCUAUAAAUAUCAAAUAUCAUUUUUCAAUACCAGUUUUAUGAUUAAAAAUACUUCUAUACAUUUUAAUAGUGGCGAAAUUUUUAAUACAUUAAAAACUUAAUUCAAAGAUGUAAGCUGUUUUUUAAUUUGAAUUUUUUUUUUCUUUUUGACUUUAAUCUGCUUUUUAUGUGGAGUAGAAAUAUUCUAACAUGGGUGAUCGUGGUAACUGUUUGACGUAGAAGAGCGCAGCGCGAAACGUACUUUGUAUUAAGAUUUUCAUCGCGUUAUUAUAAAAACCAAAACAAGAUCACCCUAAGUAUAUAUUACUAUCGAUAACAUUAAAUAUUUUGUAUCGACUAUACAAAAUGUUAAAAAGUAUUUUCUUGCUAGUUGUUUUUGAGAGAAUUGUUUAUAGUGCCCAAAUAUAAUUACAUCAAUUGUCUUGUUCUUUAGAUUUAAAUUGAGUAGUUAAGCCAAUUAAUUAUGGAAAUAGUUUGAAAUUUUGUUACUUGACACAACUUGCGCAAAUUUUUUUUAACUUCAUAUUUGUAUAAAUGGUUGAAUUGCUAAUUGUAUUUAUGGUCUACUGCGGUUAUAAUUCGAUGUUAAAGUGUGAUUCAUUUUUUGUAGAAUUGGUUGUAUUUAGAAAUUGUUCUGCAAAUUUGACUGUACUGAUGUAUUUUUUAAAAAAACCUAAAUGUAUUUGUUUAGAA